CGAACGUCGUCGCGGGAUCUCCCUGGCAACGCAUUCUCGGAGGAACUGGCAACCGCCAAUGAGAAGGGAGUGAGUGCCACGAACAAGCCAAUAAGGAGGAAGCGGUGCGGGGUUUAAACCCGAGCGGGGGCCAGCUCCUCCCGGCGUGCUGCGGAGGAACGGCUGUUGCUCGGUGGUGGCUCUUGGUCCCCAGCUUUCCUGGGGCUCCUGAAUUCUGCUUCUUCCCUCCGAAUUGCUGCCUGGUGAAGAGGUAGCCAUGGCAUUGCGAGUCACGAGGAACACGAAAAUUAAUGCUGAUAAUAAGGCGAAGAUCAGUAUGGCAGGCGCCAAGCGAGUGCCUGUGGCCACUGUUGCAGCCUCCAAGCCCGGGCUGAGGCCAAGAAUAGCUCUUGGAGACAUUGGUAACAAAGUCAGUGAUCAGCCGCAGGCCAAAAUGCCUCUGAAAAAGGAAGCAAAAACUUCAGCUGCUGGAAAAGUUCUUGCCAAAAAAUUGCCAAAACCUCUAGAAAAGGCACCUUUGCAAGACCCUGAGCCUGAGCCAGAGCCAGAGCUAGAACCUGAGCCUGUUAACCAAGAAAAGCUUUUCCCUGAGCCUAUUAUGGUGGAUACUCCCUCUCCAAGCCCAAUGGAAACAUCUGGAUGUGCCCCUGCAGAAGAAUAUCUGUGUCAGGCUUUUUCUGAUGUAAUUCUUGCAGUGAGUGAUGUGGAUGCAGAAGAUGGAGCUGAUCCAAACCUUUGUAGUGAAUAUGUGAAAGAUAUCUAUGCUUAUCUGAGACAGCUUGAGGAAGAACAAGCAGUCAGACCGAAAUACCUAGUGGGUCGAGAAGUCACUGGAAACAUGAGAGCCAUCCUAAUCGACUGGCUAGUGCAGGUUCAAAUGAAAUUCAGGUUGCUGCAGGAAACCAUGUACAUGACUGUUUCCAUCAUUGAUCGGUUCAUGCAGAAUAAUUGUGUGCCCAAGAAGAUGUUGCAGCUAGUUGGUGUCACUGCCAUGUUUAUUGCAAGCAAAUAUGAAGAAAUGUACCCUCCAGAAAUUGGUGACUUUGCCUUUGUGACUGAUCACACUUACACUAAGCACCAGAUCAGACAGAUGGAAAUGAAAAUUCUAAGAGCUUUAAACUUUGGUCUGGGUCGCCCUCUGCCCCUACACUUCCUUCGGAGAGCAUCCAAGAUUGGAGAGGUUGAUGUUGAGCAACAUACUUUGGCUAAAUACCUGAUGGAACUAACUAUGUUGGACUACGAUAUGGUGCACUUUCCUCCUUCUCAGAUUGCAGCUGGAGCUUUUUGCCUAGCACUGAAAAUUCUUGAUAAUGGUGAAUGGACACCAACUCUGCAGCAUUACCUGUCGUACACUGAAGAGUCUCUUUUUCCAGUUAUGCAGCACCUGGCUAAGAAUAUAGUCAUGGUGAAUCAAGGGCUUACAAAGCACAUGACUAUCAAGAACAAGUAUGCUGCGUCUAAACAUGCUAAGAUCAGCACUCUAGCACAGCUGAAUUCUGCACUAGUUCAAGACCUAGCCAAGGCUGUGGCAAAGGUGUAACUUGUGAACUUCAGUUGGAAUCCUGUAAUACCUGCAAAUAAAAUUGGCACUAUGUGCUGUCUGUA